ACCAGGGGGAGGGGUAACCACGUGUGUCGUCACCCUUCAGGACGCUGGUCAGCACCCAUGAAAGUCCCCGUCCUCCAGCGGCUCAUCCUCCUCGUCCGCGCCGGGGUGGGACAUCAUGGACCUCCCGGAUGUUCUCUCCGCCGCCUUCCUCGUCGCGGUGGCUCUCGUCUCGCUCCUCUCUAACGCGCUGGUGCUGCUCUGCUUCCUCCACAGCACCGAGAUCCGCCGCCAAGUCCCCGGCGUCUUCGUCAUGAACUUGUCUCUCUGCAACAUCCUGAUUGCCCUGCUCAACAUGCCCGCCACCACCGCCGGCAUCAUUCGGCGUCAGCAGCCCUUUGGGGACCGCUGGUGCAGCACGGUGAGCUUCAUGGACACCUUCCUCACCGCCAACGCCAUGUUGAGCACGGCGGCGCUCAGCAUCGACCGCUGGAUUGCGGUUGUCUUCCCGCUGAGCUACUCCUCCAAAAUGCGCUAUAAGGACGCAGCGGUGAUGGUGUGCUACUCCUGGAUGCAUUCCUUCACCUUCUCCCUCACGGCGCUGCUCUUCUCCUGGCUGCGCUACAGCGACGCGUUUGCGUCGUGCAUCCUACAAAGAGGCGGCGGCGACCGGCUGAAGUUCGCCGUCUUCACCGCGGUCUUUCACGCCGGAAGUUUCGCGCUGUCGCUCCUCACGCUGUGCGUCACCUACCUGAAAGUGCUCCAGGUGGCCAGGUUCCACUGCAAGAGGAUCGACGUGAUCACCAUGCAGACCCUGUUCCUGCUGGUGGACGUCCACCCGAACGUGAAGCAGCGAUGUGUUGCAGAGCAAAAGAGGCGGAAACUGAGAGCCACCAAGAAGAUCAGCAUCUUUAUCGGCUCCUUCCUUGUCUGCUUUGCUCCCUAUGUGAUCACCAGGUUAGUGGAGCUCCUCCCCUUUGUGGAUGUUAACCGUCGCUGGGGCAUCAUCAGCAAGUGCCUGACGUACAGCAAGGCCGCCUCAGACCCCUUCGCCUACUCCCUCUUGCGCCAGCAGUACAAGAAGGUAGCGCUUCGCGUCUUCAACCGGCUGCUCCGUCGCAACCUCCCGUCAUCGGACCAUAACAGCUCGCUGGACACGGAGAGCGACUAUUGCCUGCAGAGGGUCAGCUAGCAUCCCGUAGCUGCGUGGCGGUAAAAUAAAAACAAACCUCUAGUGGGUAGCGAGGUGUUCGUGGGAGUCGGCCAAGGCCAGACUGAUGGCAUCGAUGGCAACUUUAGAAAACAGGGGGGGGGGUGAGUCUUUGGCCGCUCUGAUUAUGAAUCCAUUCCACCAGACAAGUUAUGGGAUUGUUCUCCAAGCUUUUGGACUUUUGGGACCACCAAUUUUGGGAGCUCCUUUGUGGAGUCAACGGUCUGUAGCUUUCCGAGAAAGACUUAAGGUUCGUCGGCUGGCUUUUUAGUCACUGUUCAGUCCAAAAUUCUCAUGAACGGUAGCUGUCUUGUGAUUUUUUCAUAGGAUCUGAUAUUUGCUCCAAAUUGGAAAUUUUUAAACGGUGCUUGAACUCUGCUCCAACCAAAAAAAGGACAGUGCACAUAUUUUACCCCAAAACCGUGGUUUUGUGUUUUUAUGUCAUUUUGAUUAGUAAUCAGAUCACUUCAAAAAUAUAAAUAGCAAGUAUAACUGAUUUAUAAAUACACCAAUUUGAAAUGAUCAUCGUUGUCAUUUUGCAUGUAUUUUCAUUAUAUUUAUGAUUUUAUAAAGAAAAAUACAUCAAAACAUGCUUUUAAAAAAAUCCUUAAGGGUCAUUGACUGGCUUGAAAAGCCGCUGUUCAGUUAAAAAUGUUAAUUAAGGGCAUAAUAAGGUUAUUAUGGUUGUUUGUUGAUAUUGUUUUCCUAAAUAUUUUGAUUAUAGUAAGGAUUCUGUCAAGAAAACCUACCAAACUGCUAAUAUAAUAGCAUAUAUAAUACAAUAGUUCCUUAAAAGUAGGCCAUUCAAGGGUAUGUUGAAUGUACUAUGUAUUGUCAGGAAACCCCACCAAAAUAUCCUCCAGGUCAGUUGGCCAGCUUUUUAGUCACGGUUUGUUUUAAAAAGUCCAUUAAAAGUUGGAAUAUUAGGUUUGUUAUUAUGCUUUUUGGUAUUUUUGUCUUAAGGGCAUUAAUGUAUCAUCUGUAAUUCAAAACUGUUUUAGUGCCAGAUUGAAUAUGAAUAUCAAUACCGUUUACUGUUCUUUGUACAUGUGACUAGUUA